GAUGUCUGGAAGUUAUGUUCUUUCGCUCUGAAAUUGUUCCUGAACAAGCCAGAGUUGCAUACCACCUUUAGCUUUGCUUGAUACAUAAAUCCACAAGCUCCAAGAAUGUUAACAAGAAGAAACUCGGGAGUUUUGGGGAAGGAACCAGAAUCAGCUCAGAACACUACUACCUUAAGACGAUCGGGUAGACAAACGAAAAGGAAAUUGACAAAAACAGAAAGCAGUGAGUUGGUGGAUUCAACUCCAUCCAGAGGUCAGAAUGGGAAAGCGAGAGGAACCAGUCUGAGGGAUGGCGGACCUCCCACCAAGCAAGUAAAAAGAAAUGAACUUACCCCAGUUGGAAAGGCAGCAGAGCGUAUAGGAGCAAGAAAGACACCUCCUUCAGCUCCUGCUGAUUCUACUCCUAAGACCACAUCGCUGUCUAUUAAAGUAUUGGAAAAAGGUUCUGCAAGGAAAGCUAAUGAAUCAAGCCCAAAGGAACAAGUAGGUGUAAAUGUACCAGUGUCCCCUGUAGGGAACAGAGCAACACAAAGAGAAAAAAACACACCUCUACAAAACCCUGAAAAUGUUACUUCAAAAACUGAUAGCCCAAAGAAAGAAGUGCUGAGUGCAAAGGUAACGCUCAUACCUUCUCAGAAAGAGAGUGCCUGUAACAGUCCAGAUGUCUUGCAAUCUUCUAAUCCAUCUCCUCAGUCUCAGGAUUCGAGUGUUUCAGUCUCUGCCAAAAUGACACAAAGUGGCACAAAGAAGAGCCAAACUUCUAGCGUCAAGGCUGUGAGGUUUUCUCCAAGGAAACUUGCAAUGAAGGAGAAAGUGAGUGAGCGGAAAGAAGGCACUGAAGGCAAUGAAAGUGAAGGAGAUGAAUUGGUGAUCUUCACAGAGACCAACCCUGAUAAACUCUCAACAGUAUCAGAGGCGAGUAGUGGAAAGUCAACCGUUGAUAGCAGCAAGACUGAGGGAAUCUCAUUUACAGCUUAUAGUAAAUGUGAGGGAAACUCCAUUGCUCUUCAAGUGGUGGAAUCCACUGAGGAAAGCAUUCCUGAAAUCUACCCAAGUAGUGAAGUACCAAGUGCCUCAAGUCUUGAGGUGCCAAGUGCCCCACUGAUGACAACUGCAAUUACUGAUUCAGAAAAGGGCUUUCAGGUUAAAGAUGAGUCAGAAGUUGUGUCUGUAACUAUGCACCAGCAGUCAGACUCAGUAGUGCUGUGCGAACCUGAGCAAAAGGAGGCAGACUCCAAGGAUUCGCGCCCUAGACGCAAACGUGUGGCAUCUGAGUUACUGCAGGCUGCAGAAAUCGCUCAUGGUCUCCUUGACGACAAACCCAGAGUGCCCACUCAGACAGGAGAACCUUCCAUGACAACAAACUCGCAGACUGACUCAUUGGCUGGUCUGAAACCACGUAACAUGCGUAGUAUUCUUCCAUCAAAGCGGCUGCAGACUGUAUCUGACGAGGGGAAAACUGAACUUGUCAUCAAGCCUCAAACACGCUUCACAGCAGCGACAGGAACCAUAGUUGAACAGAAUUCUGACAAUGAUUCUUCAUUGAUGUAUGACACACCCAAAGUGAAUGUUGUGUUUGAAAAGCAGGAAGACACCAUAUUUGAAAGUGUCACCGCUAUUGUCAAGACCAGUUUCAUUACAAAACAGGCACAAAAAGACUUUGUCCUGCACAAGUUGCCCAGACUUACUGGGGUGUCUGCAGUUGUCUCCCCUUCUAGUCACUAUCUGCUACAUGGGAGCUGGCUUUCUGUAAUUCGAGCGAGGAAUGCCUUGGAGAAAUACCUAAAAUCCUGUGAAAAAGUCAGCAAGCAAAGCAGUAAAAACAAGCUAUCCAGUCAGCCUAACUUUCCAACCCAAGAUGAUGACAGUAUAGAUGCCAGCGUUUCGGAAUCAGUUGAAUCAUCCAUAAAUGAAGAAGACGCAGGAAAAGAACCACUGACUUCAGAUGCUGGUGUAAAUCCCCAAGAUUCCACAGUUGUUGUCUUGGCUCCAGACAGUCCAAAUGCAGUUGCACUUAACGUUAUGGUGGAGACAGAGAGAGGUGAAGGAUCCCUCAUUUCUGAUGACAUGACGAAUGAUGGUUCUGUUUCCCUUGUAAGUGAUUACUUAGAUUUAAAAGGCAAUAGCCAAGUGGCUGGCCGGGUUCAAGGCCUGGAUCGCACCAAGUUAUCCGGAAGCGUUGAGGUGUACAAGGGAGGCAACCAGGGUCCCAUCUUCCUGUGCAGUGUGUGUGGGUUUUCCAGCCGUCAGCAGCAGUAUGUACAAACACACAUCAAUCUUAAGCACGGGGAAAAAGAGUUUAAAUGUGAAUUCUGUCCCAAAACCUUUAAUAUUAAGAGAGAUCUAGAGCGGCACAUGAACAUUGUUCACAUUCAAGAGGCAAAAUAUAAGUGUGAACUGUGCGACAAGACAUUUACUGGACAAGCGCUACCUGUCCACGCAUUUAAAGCGGCACUCUGGAAUCAAAAACCAUCAGUGCACAGUAUGUGGACGGAAAUUCUUCGAGCGCACAAGCUCAAGUGGCAUUUGGAGACCCACAAGUCGACUGAAGAGAAAAACCUGCCUUACAGCUGCUCGAUUUGCCGCAAAAAAUUUUACAAUCGCUCAAGUUUAGCAGAUCAUCAGAAUAUCCACACCGGUGCUCGGCCUUUUGAAUGUGACCAAUGUGAGGCCAGCUUCUCACACCGUAUUGGCCUCAAGCGCCAUCUUAUGGUACACACUGAUGAAAGGCGUUUUCUCUGUGAAUGUGGAAAGGCGUUCAAAACAGCAAGGCAGUUUAACAUGCAUAAGGUCCAGCACACAGGCAUUGGCAAACAUGUUUGUCGGUAUUGCCUUAAGGUGUUUUCUUCUCCGUUUUCUCUCAAAAGACACUCAAUUCAAUGUGCCAAGAAAGAGGGAGAAGACGAGGAAUCCGUGGAGAUGGCGUUUGAAGAGGAAGUUGCCGUGGAUAACAUCGGGGACGGUGGACAACAAGUAAACCAAGAAAGUGACACUGUGUUCAUGUGUGGAGUAUGUGAUAGGCUGUUCUCAUCGCUGGAGGAAACUGCUGCUCACACGAGGACCCAUACCUCCAGUGAGGUGGACCGGUCUGGAGUGGACCAAAACCAGGGAGAAGGCACAGAGAACUAUACCAUAACCCUGCAGAACGCAGACGAGGAAGGCGUCAGUGUACAGGAUUCUUUUGUCUAUGUGCCUCAGCAGGAUGACAACAUUGCUAAUGAAGAGACGGCAGUAAAGCUUCUUAGCGCCAUGACAUCAUCUCAGGGCUAUGUCCUCCAGGACACCAGAGGACAGAUGGAUGACACACACCUGGUAGCCAACACACUGGCAGACUUGUCGGCUCUGGCUCAAAACUGAAAAUCAUGUGCAAAUAAAGGUUUAUACCGAGCAUGUGGUUCCUGUAUAUACGUAAUAUGUAAGGACUUGAGCUGUGAUGUACCUAGCUCUCAAGUAAUACAUGCACUUGUUUGUUUCUUAUGGAAAGCAUUCAAUUAUUCUGAUUGUUUAGUUCAGCAAGUCAAAGCUAAAUCCAGUAAGGGAUUAAUGAGAUUUUGUCGGCUAGCUUGGUGUCCAGAGUCCUGGCUAGUGUUGAUAGUUUCACACAGUUAGGCGGAAACCUUUGUACAUGUAUGUCAUUUUGUAUUCAACGGCUGCUCAUGUGGGGAACAUUCAUAGUUCCAUCCUACAUGUAUGUCAUUUUGUAUUCAACAGCGGCUCAUGUGGGGAACAUUCAUAGUUCCAUCCUACAUGUAUGUCAUUUUGUAUU